CUCGCUGACAGAUAAAGUGAGUCUUCUGCACAGAUUCUACUAUCCCCCUCCAAUUAACCGUGGUUCCCUGUAGCAGUGGGUGCUGGAUUAUGUACGUCGUACAGAAUUGGACGGUUGUUUUGGUAUUUGCGAUGCUGUGGGUCAUCAUCAUCACUCAGUUGCAUGCCAUGUAUCAAGGAUCCAGAAAAAUCCUGAUCUUUCUCGUUGUCACCUUCCUGGCUGUCAACAUUUUCGACGGAGUGGUCACCGUAAUGAUGACGAUGCAUACUUUCAGGAGAGGAAUUUAUUCUCUCCGGCACUUAUCUGUGCCAGAUUACUAGCUAUGUCGAAGAUGUCUUACUUCUGAAUUCCAUUCCUUGGAUACUUGGAACU